GAGUUUUUCUUGGAGCGGUCGUCUCGUCUCCGGUUCGACUCGCUCCACCUCCUCCCUCCCUCCCUCUUCCUUUCUAAAGAGCGGAACCAAAACUACAUCUCAAACCCAAACCGCUCUCCGUCUUCCGCGGCAACGAAGCGUCAAAACCAACACUACCACGCGCCUCUUCUUCUUGCGUUCACCAAAUCGCACCAUGGCUCCUUCCCCUCCGCCUGCGGCCGCCAUUCGUGAAGGGCACCACCAUCACCACCACCACAACGGAUGCCGAUGGCCCUCGUUGCCCCUUGGCGCCUCCGCCAGCGACAACGGGCGCCCACGCCGACGCCGCCUUCUCAUCCUCCCGCCGUCCGAACCGUCGUCCCCUUGCUGCUCCUCCGCCCGCGAUUCCCGCUUCCGCGGCGACCUUCGGCUCAAUGACAUCGUCCGGAACGGCGUCUCCGGCGUCCUCCACAAGUGGGUCAACUACGGAAGGGGGUGGCGCCUCCGGUGGUUCGUCCUCCAGGACGGCGUCCUGUCCUACUACAAGAUCCAUGGCCCCGACCGCAUCGAGCUCGCGCCGGAUGACGAAUUGUCCUCCAAGGUCAUAGGCGAGGAGUCCUUCCGUCGGAUCUCGCGCCGGAAGAAGGGCCAUCCCCAUCUCCCUCGCAGGCCCGUCGGCGAAAUCCACCUGAAGGUCUCAUCGAUUAGGGAGAGUCGAUCGGACGAGAGAAGGUUCUCCAUCUUUUCAGGUACGAAGAGGCUUCAUUUGAGGGCGGAUACGAGGGAGAACCGGCUGGUGUGGGUGGAGGCGCUGCAGGCGGUGAAGGAUAUGUUCCCUAGGAUCUCCAACAGCGAGCUGAUGGCGCCGAUGGAUAAUGUGAUUGUCUCCACGGAAAAGCUGAGGCAGAGGCUGCUGGAGGAGGGGUUGAGUGAGGCUGCGAUACAGGACAGCGAGCAGAUCAUGAGGAGUGAGUUUGCCUCCCUGCAGAACCAGGUGGUUCUUCUUAAACAGAAGCAGAUCCUCCUCCUUGACACGCUUCGACAGUUAGAGACAGAAAAGGUUGACUUGGAGAAUACACUUAUCGACGAGAACCACAAAAGAUCAAGAGAAUGUGAAUCCACUUCUGUUCCAGAGAAUGGGAAAUUUAGUGGUGCUUGUUCUCCCGAAGUAAGUCCAAGUGAAUCUGAUUAUGAUAAUGGAAGGCAUGAUCCUGUUGAAGAGGAGAUUGAUGAAGAAGAUAAUACUUUUUUUGAUACAAAAGAUUUUCUUUCAUCAAGUUCUUUCAAAAGCAGUCGAUCUGACUUUCCAAAAUUUCAAAUUGACUCUGAUGAUGACAGUGGUAGUUCUGUUGAUGGUACUGACUCUUCAAUGAAGUCCAUGAGAACAAAGUACGCAUAUGUUAGAAGGCGCAAAAAAUUACCUGAUCCAGUUGAAAAAGAAAAAGGAGUGAGUCUCUGGUCAAUGAUUAAGGACAACAUCGGGAAGGAUCUCACAAAAGUUUGUCUUCCUGUUUAUUUUAAUGAACCACUUUCAUCUUUGCAAAAAUGUUUUGAAGAUCUGGAAUAUUCUUACCUUAUUGACCAAGCAUAUGAAUGUGGCAAAAAGGGUGAUGGACUUAUGAGAAUCCUUAAUGUUGCUGCAUUUGCUGUUUCUGGAUAUGCUUCGACUGAGGGCAGAAGCUGCAAACCUUUUAAUCCACUUUUGGGGGAGACAUAUGAGGCUGAGUAUCCUGAAAAAGGUCUAAAGUUUUUUGCAGAAAAGGUCAGUCAUCAUCCCAUGAUUGUUGCAUGUCACUGUGAAGGUAAUGGAUGGAAGUUCUGGGGAGAUAGCAAUUUGAGAAGCAAGUUUUGGGGACGUUCAAUUCAGCUUGACCCUGUUGGUAUUCUUUCUGUUGAGUUUGAUGAUGGUGAAGUUUUUCAAUGGAACAAGGUGACGACUUCCAUUUAUAACCUUAUAUUGGGAAAACUUUAUUGUGACCAUUAUGGUACUAUGCGUAUACAAGGUAAUGGUGAAUAUUCAUGCAAGCUAAAGUUCAAGGAGCAGUCCAUAAUAGACCGCAACCCUCAUCAGGUCCAAGGUGUAGUUCUGGAUCGCAGUGGGAAAACUGUUGCAACCCUAAUUGGAAAAUGGGAUGACAGCAUGCAUUACAUGGUCGGAGAUGUCUCUGGAAAGGGCAACCGAGCUGAAUCAUUUUCUGAAGCCCAAUUACUGUGGAAGCGUAGUAAACCAUCCAAGCAUCCUACCCGUUACAACCUUACUCGCUUUGCCAUUACGCUGAAUGAAUUAACCCCUGGAUUAAAGGAAAAGUUGCCACCCACUGACUCAAGGCUUCGACCUGACCAGAGGUGCUUGGAGAACGGGGAGUAUGAAAUAGCAAACUCCGAGAAGUUGAGACUGGAACAAAGGCAACGACAGGCAAGAAAGAUGCAGGAAACAGGUUGGAAACCUCGGUGGUUUGCUAAGGACAAAGCCAGCGGCACAUACCGUUACCUUGGUGGUUACUGGGAGACGAGGGGAAAAGGUUCGUGGGAUGGGUGUCCCGAUAUCUUUGGCCAAAUCCCCAGCAAUCACUUGAUCGAGUGAGUAAUAUAAUUAGAGUUCGAGACAAAGUUCCGAAUGUAUUCUUUAACAAAUUUUCCCCUAUAGAUAUUCGUUCUCCAAUUUUUUCACCUUGCAUUUCUCAAGUUUUCGAUUUAAGUGCUCGCCAUUUUGUGAGCCAUCGAAAAUGCCUUGUAAAUGACACACUGGGAAGACAGUUGUGAUGAUUUUGUAUUUAUAUUUCUGAACGAUGAAGCACCGAACAAUAAGAGCGCUUUCAUUGUCUUGUUCCGAAAGCUGUAUCA